AUGUCUCUCGUCCCAUACUCCUCUCGCGAUAGCCGUGAGAUUGUCCUUCGUCACAACGAUGCCAUUGUCAUCCGCGACCCUCAAACCCGACAGCUGAUCCUGCGAGGGGCGACUCCUUCCCCUUCCUUCUCCGACUGCCCAACUUGCCACCGACCUUUCCGCGCCCCGUCCCCCGAAAGGCAAUCCUCUCCACAUCGAGCCUCUCCGUUCAUCAGCCCCGAAUACUUUCGCAUGCUGCAGGCUGCCCAUGAUGGUGGAGAAGAACAUGAAUCACCACCGAGCCCGGUCAGGAGGCUCGUCCAGCCUGCCCUUUCAUCCGCAGCGAGUAGUACUGGGGGAUCAGUGUCAGAUGCGGAAUUUUUAAUGAGAACGCCGACUCCACAGACGGGUCACAGUAUCAAAAAAGAAGCCUUCAGUCCGAAUUACUUCCAGAGAUUCUUCAUUGAGGAAAAGGAGCUCGGAAGGGGUGGGAAGGGCGUGGUGCUGCUGGUGCGCCAUGAGCUGGAUGGCGUCUCGCUGGGCCAAUUCGCAUGCAAGAGAGUGCCGGUUGGUGACGACCAUGCCUGGCUUGAGAAAGUUCUCAUUGAAGUCCAGCUUCUCCAAGGACUAUCACACCCCAAUCUUGUCUCCUACCGCCACGUGUGGUUGGAAGAUGUCACACUCAACCGCUUCAGUCCCUCUGUUCCUUGCGCAUUUAUUCUGCAACAGUAUUGUAACUCUGGGGAUCUGCUACACUAUAUCAUUGGUCCCCCUCCGCAGAUGAAAAGUACAAAGGAGCAACUGAAAGAGCAAAUGCGAAGACGAUCGAGAGGACAGGGGGAGCGGCCCGAUCUAAAAUCUUUACAGCGGAAGCUGUCUUUCGAAGAAAUCUACUCGUUCUUCAAGGACAUCACGUCUGGGCUCGCGCAUCUUCACGCUUCAAAUUACAUCCAUCGAGAUCUCAAGCCCAGCAACUGUUUGCUCCACAGGGAUGGAAAUGAGUUCCGAUGCUUGAUCAGUGACUUUGGAGAAGUCCAGGCGGAGAAUGUGGUUCGAAAGUCCACUGGGUCCACCGGAACAAUAUCAUACUGCGCUCCAGAAGUCUUGAAGCAAGAUCAGUUCGGGCGCUAUGGAAACUUCACUACGAAGUCGGAUAUCUUCAGUCUCGGCAUGAUCCUCUAUUUCAUGUGCUUUGGGCGACUGCCCUACAAGAGCGCCGACAGUAUUCAAGAAGAGUUUGAGGAUAUGGAUAUGCUCAGGGCAGAGAUCAGUGGCUGGUCUGGCUUCCAUGACGAAAGGUUGGAAAGACCCGAACUACCCAAUCAACUCUACGACUUCUUGAAGCGACUGCUGGCAUUGGAUCCUAGCGAGAGGCCCAGUGCAAACGACAUCCUCACCGCGAUUCGCACAGAAAAGGGGCUUGAGACCCCCGCAAGGAACGGGAGUAACCCGGGGCUUGGUGGCCGGAUCAUUCAGUCUUUCGAAUCUCCGAUGCCGCCAGGCAGUCCAAUCAACGAACCGAGCAAACGAGUACGCUCAGGCGCAUACAUCGAAGAUGCCACUGAACCUACAUUGUCCCCCCCACCCCCCAGCUCACAACUACUCCUGGAAUCCAAUUCAGAUGCUCGAUCCUCAAGCCCGCGUCGCAGUGAGUCACCGCCAGUCAAUCCCAAGACCCCACUGUUGAUGCCGCCGCCAUCAACGGCGCUCUCACGAUUUCAGCACCGGCUUUCGAUACACAGACAUUAUGCGGAAACUUGGGCCCGCAGGAACCGGCAAGUGCUGGAGCUGUUCCUCAGGUUGGGUCUCUUCCUCGGCAAGCUAUUGAGCCUCACCAGACCGUGCGCGCCCCUUGGCUCCCGGGACGUCGUGAUGUGGCCCUUGAUGCUCCUGGCGGGUUUGGAGCUGGCGAUCGGUACCAGGGUCGGGUGGCUUACCUUGGGGCUGUUGCUUGUGCAUCUCCUCGUGUUGGGUGUGACGAUGAAGUUUGGUGGUGGUCUGUGCGCUAGGGGUCAGAGCUGGGGAUGGGCAGAGUGA